AAAGCAACACACAUCCACGUGUUAUUAAUUCUAAGCGUGUACGAGAGAUAUGUAUGAAAGAGACUAAAUCGUGUUUAGCACAAAGGUCAUCUGGAGGUUGUUUCCUUAUAAAAGUGCAAACCGUCGGACCGGUAAGAAGCAAAAACUAUUCUCCAAUCCUUUCACCGUCUAGUCAAUUCAAUCCAGCAACAAAAUGGGUCGCAAAUUCUGUGUUGGUGGAAACUGGAAGAUGAACGGCGAUAAGGCCAGCAUCGUUGAGCUGUGCAAGACCUUGACCGCUGGGCCGCUGAACGCUGACACCGAGGUCGUCGUCGGGUGCCCAGCCCCCUAUCUGACCUUGGCUCGCUCCGAGCUGCCGGACAGCGUUGGAGUCGCCGCCCAGAACAGCUACAAGGUCGCGAAAGGUGCCUUCACCGGUGAAAUCUCGCCCGCCAUGCUGAAGGAUCUGAACAUUGGCUGGGUCAUUCUGGGCCAUUCGGAGCGACGUGCCAUUUUCGGCGAAUCGGACGAACUCAUUGCCGACAAGGUCGUCCAUGCCUUGGCCGAGGGACUGAAGGUCAUCGCGUGUAUCGGCGAAACACUGCAGGAGCGUGAAGCUGGACAGACUGAGGCCGUGUGCUUCCGCCAGACCAAGGCCAUCGCCGACAAGGUUAAGGACUGGAGCAACGUUGUGAUCGCUUACGAACCGGUUUGGGCUAUUGGCACCGGUAAGACUGCCACUCCGGAUCAGGCACAGGAAGUUCACGCUGCUCUGAGGAAAUGGUUCACCGAGAAUGUAUCUGCCGAUGUUUCCGCGGCUAUCCGCAUCCAGUAUGGAGGUUCGGUCACUGCUGCCAACUGCCGUGAAUUGGCCGCCAAGCCCGAUAUCGAUGGCUUCCUGGUUGGUGGUGCUUCGUUGAAGCCGGAGUUCAUUCAGAUCGUUAAUGCCAGACAGUAAGCAGGGAUAAGACUCUCAGGAACCUAAUCUAAGAAACAGAAAACCUCAGCCCAGCAAAAGGUGGAACUUAUCAGUCACCGUUUCUCACUCUCUUGGGGCAUUUUGGUAGUUCGGAACAUUCAAACACGAAUGUAUGAUUUAAAAGUAUAGGCGAUUUAUUAUGUUAAGUGCAAAAGAAAACCCAAGCAUGUGCUAUCGCAGCUAACCACAAGGAAAGUGAAACAAGCAUACAAAUACAAUAAUUUGUUAAAGUGAAAA